CCUGGGUGGCGCGCAUGCGCGCUCUCACAGUGUAAACAAAAAUGGCGGCUGUGCGCAAGUUCACAACUGAGGAUGUUGAGGCUCAGAUCCAAGACAUUCAGAACAGGAAGGCCAGCCUGGCCAAGGGUGGGCCGCCGCCGCCGCCGCCCCCGGCCCAGGAUGGCUUAGGCAAGGACGAGGAGCGAGUGAGGCUCGACGGCGGUGGUUACUUUGACAGCGACAUCUACGACAUAUCCAAUGGCAACAAAUAUGCCAAUUAUGUCCAGUCUAUUGGAGUGGACGACCUGGAUGAGGAGGAUGAUGACGGAGGAACAACCUUGGGCAAGAAGGGCACAAAUACUUACACCGCUCCACAGCUCUUUCUUAAUGAAAUGGGAGGCCCCGACCCCAUGGUCAGUACAAGCGGGGCCAUCGCCGACCGUGGGGGACGAGUACCGUGCUCGCCGCACAUGAGGUCAUAUCCCCCGGGAUGGAUCGUUUGCCGAGGGAAAAGCAUGCAGUAUGUCCUCUGUGUUAGUACAAUUGACCUGGUGAUCAUUGGGACCUGGAAGGUCAUUACAAUCAACCCUAAGGAAUGA